GCAGGCGGACGUAUCUGCAGUGCAGUCUGGGAGCUGUCAAUCGUUUAGCUUUGUGCCUGUAGCGAUGGCAGCUCUACGUUCGCCUCAGUUUAUUUACAAACAGCGGGAUUGUACGAAGACGGGCAGGAAUAUGUAGGAUAGAGUCAUUUAUUUCCUGCUGACAGAAUAUUUCCUUCAAAGGACCUGGACUGGAUGAACGGGUGUCAUCGGAACGGGCCCAGCUUUUAAACAGUCUGUAGCUAAACGGCUAGCUAUGACACAUUUCUGAUGUUGUCAGCCGUUUUCAUUUAUCGUUUCGGAUACAUGGUUGAAUGACAGUCCUUCGUCCGGAAACGCAGUUGUCGGCAAAUUACAGCGCUCCAUUCUCCUCCUGGCGGCUAUGUACAAUCUCCUCGUUAGUACAGUGGGUUGAUGUUUCUAUGAAUGGCUUGAGUUGUUGCAUGAGCGUAAAAACCAGCCAGGAGAAUGAAUGCAGAGGAAGUGGAGCUGCUCAGCGACUCAAAGUACAGGAACUAUGUGGCAGCAGUGGACAAAGCCCUCAAGAACUUUGAGUAUUCCAGCGAGUGGGCCGACCUCAUCUCCGCACUGGGCAAGCUCAACAAGGUUUUGCAGAACAAUGCAAAAUAUCAAGUUGUCCCCAAGAAGCUGACAAUAGGCAAACGGCUGGCCCAGUGCCUCCACCCAGCCCUGCCCAGCGGCGUGCACCGGAAGGCCUUGGAGACCUACGAGAUCAUUUUCAAGAUCAUUGGGCCCAAGAGGCUGGCCAAAGACCUCUUUCUGUACAGCUCGGGACUCUUCCCACUACUCUCCAACGCUGCUAUGUCUGUGAAGCCCGUGUUGCUGGGGCUCUAUGAGACCUACUACCUGCCCCUGGGGAAGACUCUCAAACCAGGCCUGCAGGGCUUACUGACCGGCGUGCUGCCUGGUCUGGAGGAAGGUUCAGAGUAUUACGACAGAACCAACACGCUGUUGGAGAAAGUUGCUGCAGCCGUGGAGCAGUCGGCCUUCUACAGUGCCUUGUGGGGCAGCAUCCUGACCAGCCCCUCUGUGCGUCUCCCCGGGGUCUCCUUCGUUCUGCUGCACCUCAACCGGAAGCUCUCCAUGGAGGACCAGCUCUACGUCAUGGGCAGCGACAUUGAGCUUAUGGUGGAGGCUGUUAGUACCUCGGUGCAGGACUCAAGCGUUUUGGUCCAGAGAAGCACUCUGGACCUCAUCCUCUUCUGCUUCCCCUUCCAUAUGAGCCAGGCUACCCGCCCUGACAUGAUCCGGAUCCUUUCAGCAGCUUUGCAUGUGGUUCUGAGAAGAGACAUGUCUCUGAACCGCAGACUCUACGCCUGGCUGCUGGGCUUUGACAAUAAUGGCGGGAUGUCAGGCCCCCGCAGUACUCGGCAGAGCAACCCGGAGGAACACGCUUCCCACUACUUCAACAGCUUCUCCAAGGACAUGCUCGUCCAGGCAAUGGUUGGGAUUCUGCAGGGCAAGGCUCGAGGUGGGGAGGAGGAGAGCAUCCUGAUGCACGACCUCAAGCCAUUUCGCAUCCUGAUCAGUCUGCUGGACAAACCAGAACUAGGGCCGGCCAUUCUAGAGGACGUUCUGAUCGAAGUGUUUCGGACUCUUUACACACAGUGCCGGACAGAGUUGGACCUUCAAAACCAGAGUCCGUUCAGCAAAGAUCACACACACCUCAGCAGUAAACUGCGAGAAAACAAGAAGACGGCAGAGCUUAUCAAAACAGCCAAUCUCCUGUUCAACUCGUUUGAGCCGUACUACAUGUGGGACUACAUCGCUCGCUGGUUUGAGGAGUGCUGCAGGAGAACAUUGAACCGCAGCACACGUGUUGCACGAUACGGUUGGAGUCUGGAUUCUCCUGAUCUUUCUCUGGUGGAGUUCUGUCAGUUGGUAGAUUUUCUACUAGACAUUGUUUCAUUGCCUACUAGAAGCAUGAGGGUAAUCUGCCAGGAGACGUACAUAGAAAUCCAGACGGAGCAUCUCCCUCAACUGCUGUUGCGGAUGGUGGCAGCUCUGACCUGUCAUCUCCAGGCGCUGGACCUCGGGGAGCUCACCCACUGCCUUCGCCUCUGCUCCAAGAUCCUCAGCAAGGUGCAGCCUCCGUUGGUGUCCCCGCUCGCCCUCCCCGUGAGUCCACAGCCGCCGGGCCUGGCGGCACAGAACAAAAGCAGAGAUGUGGAUGUUAAACAGACUCCUCCCUCUGUCCCAGAGAUGACCGACAGUGGGGACGUGUUUGACGAUGGGGAAAUCCCUACUGGCAGUCGCUCUGCAGAAAGUGGCUUCACAGACUUUGUUCAAUACCGAGAAGAUGGUUCCGAGGAUCCAGAGCGAGCCUCUCAUCCCCACCCGCCUCUUAGAGCAGGCAGUCGUCCGUCAGGCUCGUGUCAGUCCAAGCCUUUGGACAAACCAGUCAUGCAGUGUUGCCUGGAGCACUUCCAGCAGUUUCUCUCCUGUCUGAUCACUUUUUAUAUUGUUCCUGAGCACCUGGACAAAGCUGAGGGUCAGAGAGGUGAGCUCUUGCAUUCGGGGCCUUUGGUUUCCGCAGGUUCCCAGCCCAGUAAUUAUACGGAGCCGUGCUCAGGAGCUGGAGUGGUCCAGAAAGAUUGUCUGGCUGCAUUUACUGCUGCCUGUCAGCUCUUCUUAGAAUGCUCCAGUUUCCCAGUCUACAUUGCAGAGGGCAACCUCAAGUCCUCGCCUGCACAGGAAGAGCAAUGCGACAGUGAGCAGGUUCGGCUGCCAGUGUGGCUGCAGACCCUGAUGGAUGCCUGCUGCCUGGCUGGUGACUUCAGCCUACAGGGUGUUGCCAUCUCCCUGCUUAUGGACCUAAUAGGCCUGACUCAGUCAGUUGCUGUGGUGACGGCAGAGAGUCUGGCUUCCAGUAGCAGUACGGAGCCCACUCAGCCAAUGAGCCCCAGCCAGGGUCGGGUGGCUGUGGUCAUUAGGCCUCCACUCACUCAGGGAAUCCUGAAGUAUAUUGCGGAUAAAACGGACUUCUUCAAGAGCGUUGCAGUGAUAUUAUGGGACCAGCUGGGUGAAGGAACUCCUCAGCAUCACCAGCGCAGUGUUGAGCUCUUUUAUCAGCUACACAACCUGGUCCCUUCAUCCAGCACCUGUGAGGACGUCAUAAGCCAGCAACUCAUGCACAGAGACAAGAGAAUUCGUUUGGCAGCCCACGUGAAGUUCUCUGUUCUGUGGCAUUUAACGCGAGACUUGAACAUCACCAAGUCUUCUCCGUUUAGUCGCACAUUUGACAGGUCUCUCUUCAUCAUGCUCGACAGCUUAAGUUAUUGGGAUCCAUGUACCAGUGCGGUCGGUCGGGCUUGGUUAAAUCAAGUCCUUCAGAGACAUGACAUUGCACGGGUUCUUGAGCCACUCCUACUUCUUCUGCUCCAUCCUAAAACUCACAGGGUUUCUAUUCAGAAGGUGCAAGCCCAACGCCAUUGGGCGCAGAUAUUUCCUGAUCCACCUGAGCAGGAACCAACAGAACCAAUCUACAUUAGAGACUCCGGCUUCUCAGACAACUUUCUUCAGAUUCGAAGCGAAGGGGGUGGGCAUGAGGACUUCAGAGGUCUGACAAUAGGUGACAUGGAGCCAUUUUGCCUGACGGUAAACCCCCUAAGUGACAGCUUGUCCAUUCUUAGCCUGAGCAGUGAAAACUUGCACUUAGCUGGUGAGUAUCAGACCAGGGACCAGCAGGAGGAGCAACAGAGUUCAAAAUCAAGUGGUUCUCAUUCAUCUACACUGGAAAACGGUAGCUUUGAAGACCCUGAGGGGGUCAGCUACAUCGGAAAUGGCUCAGAUCGACCGCUUGGUUCAUCUGAUGAAACGCCUGACGACUCCAUAGAGGAAGCUGUGUCUUGUGUAGUGAAGGACCUGAUUGAUAGGGUUCUGAAUUUAGUUGAUGAGGAAUCAAAUGAAACCUCAUCUCCACCUGAAAAUUGGCCCCAAACUGAUACUGAAAGCACUUCUUCAGACACCUCCACCGGGAUCCGCCUGGACUCCUGUCCUCCUCAAUGCUCCAACCACCAGAAUCUGCCACAGUUAUUGGCUGAAGGCACACUAGAGUUCCUCUCUGUUACUCCAGCGGAGGGGCUACACAAAGAGGGCAUCGCCCGCCACAGUUCAUCGCCCUCCAUCGUCAUGUUGCCAGACAGCACUGAUGCAGCCACUCCAGACCGCAGCCUGCAGGUGGAGGACCCUCAGGCCCGCAAACGUAGCCACAGCAGCACUCAGCUUAGCCUUAAAGGGAAGAUCAUGGAGAAGCUGGUAGACAAGUCUCCAGGGGCAAAGCCCAAGAUCAAGAAGACUAAGAGGAAAGAGGAAGAGAAGCAGAAAAAAACGAACCAAGCUGAGAAACUGCAUCCACUCAGUAUUUUCUUUGGAGACAGUCUAGACCUCGAGAACUGGUACAGCUGUGGUGAAGGGGAGGUGUCGGAGAUCGAGAGUGACAUGGGCUCACCGAGCGGGGGCUCUUGCGGGACCGGUGCUGGGGCGAACGUCACAGGGCGCAGAUCGUCCUCCACUCUGCCUCGUUUUAACAUCCAUCCUCUCUACCAGCACGUCCUGCUCUACCUACAGCUCUACGACUCCUCUAGGACCCUGCAUGCCCUGUCGGCGAUCGCAGCCAUGGUGAGAGCCGCUCCCUCAGGCUUUGUAAGCGCCAUCUCCACCACCAGCAUCAAUAACACCUACACUCCACAGCUCUCCUUGCUGCAAAACCUACUUGCUCGCCACAGAGUCUCUGUUAUGGGCAAAGACUUCUACUGCCCCAUUCCCCAGGACUCUCACUCCCAUUCUUUCCGCAGUGCCAUGUACCUGGAGAUCAUCAUCUCCCUCUGUCUCUACUUCCUGAGAAGCUAUUACUCUGCCCAUGUGACAUUGGGUCCUCAGGACUUGGCAGGAAACCGGGCCAUGCAGCUGACCAGCGUGGAGGUCUUGACACUGCUAUUCAGCGAACUAGCCAAAGUCACAGCUGGCUCGGCAAAGGGUUUUGCUAGCUUCAUCAGUGACGUCCUUUCCAAGUGCAAAGUUCAGAAAGUCAUCCUCCAUUGCCUGCUUUCCUCCAUAUUCAGCGCCCAGAAAUGGCAUGACCAACGGACGGCAGGGGUCAACGUGGCCACGGUGGAGGAAGGUCUCUCGGAGGACAGCGUCAUCAACAUGUCGGAGGACCAGAUAGACAGCUGCAGCGCCGUUCAGUCCCAGCUGCUCCGGCUGCUGCAGAGUCUAGUUGUACUUGAGCAUAGGGUCUUAAUGCCAGCAGACGAAGGUGGAGAAGGAGGACCUGCCGCAGGAGGAGCAGGUGGAGGGCCAGGAAGCGGUGGAGUGGCAGGAUUUGAGAUCCUAGGAGGGGAGGUGGAGCAUGUUAACCCUCAGCAGCCUAUGACGUCACUGCAGUACCUCCAUGGUCAGCCUAUUACAGCUCAGGGCAUGUUCCUGUGUGCAGUCAUCAGGGCCCUGCACCAGCACCAUGCCUGUAAGAUGCACCCCCAAUGGAUAGGGCUGAUCACAACCACCCUGCCUUACAUGGGGAGGGUCCUGAGGAGGGUGGUGGCCUCAGUGACUCUGCAGCUAUGCAGAAACCUGGAUAAUCUCCUCCAGCAGUACCGCUAUGAAACCAGCAUAACUGACACCAGACCCCAGUGGAUGGCUCUCUGCAUCCCUCCAGACCUGAUUCUGACUGUGCUGGAGGGAAUCACUUCCAUUAUCCAUUACUGUCUGCUGGACCCCACUUCACAGUACCACCAGUUACAAGUGAGUGUUGACCAGAAGCACCUGGCCGAGGCGCGUUCAGGUAUCCUGUCCAUCCUCCACACCAUCAUGUCUUCCGUCACGCUGCUGUGGAGCGUGCUCCACCAAGCCGACAGCUCUGACAAGCCAGCUGCCGCUUCAGCUGCCGCCACCUCAAACAUCAACCUAGGCUCCACCAAGAAUCUCCGUCAGCAGAUCUUGGAACUGCUGGGUCCAAUCUCCAUGAACCACGGCGCUCAUUUCAUGGCUGCAAUUGCUUAUGUUUGGAACGAGAGAAAACAAGUCAAGGCGCCAAUCAGAAAUAAGGUCAUCCCUGUAGCGAGUGAGGAGCAGCUGCUGCUGGUUGAGCUCGUUCGGUCGGUCAGCGCCAUGCGCACUGAGACUGUUAUGCAGACAGUGAAGGAGGUCCUGAAGCAGCCACCUGCUAUCGCAAAAGACAAGAAGCACAUCUCUUUGGAAGUCUGCAUGCUACAGUUCUUCUAUGCCUAUGUACAGAGGAUUCCUGUUUCCAGUUUGCUUGAUAGCUGGCCGUCUCUGCUGGCGCUGCUGAAGGACUCGGUCCAGUUGGGUCUGCCUGCUCCUGGGCAGUUUCUCAUACUGGGAGUUCUGAAUGAGUUUAUCUUGAAGAAUCCCAACCUGGAGAGUAAGAAAGACCAGCGAGAGCUGCAGGAUGUGACUCACAAGGUGGUGGAGGCCAUCGGCACCAUCGCUGGCUCCUCUUUGGAACAAACCACGUGGCUAAGGAGGAACCUGGAGGUGAAGGCAUCGCCUCAGAUUGUUGUGGACGGAACCAACCUGGAGGCAGACGUAGAAGGUGCUCCGUUACCAAACUUAAUGCUCACAGUGAUGGAGGCCUCCAGCUUCACUCCAUCUGUGUACAGUGUUCACGCCCUCACGCUGCUGGCCGAGGUGCUGGCUCAUCUAUUGGACAUGGUGUUCUACAGUGACGAGAAGGAGAAAGUCAUCCCUCUGCUGGUUAACAUUAUGCACUACGUAGUUCCCUACCUCCGCAACCACAGUGCUCACAAUGCCCCCAGCUACCGAGCCUGCAUCCAGCUGCUGAGCAGCCUGAGCGGCUACCAGUACACCCGCCGUGCCUGGAAAAAAGAGGCCUUCGACCUCUUCAUGGACCACACCUUCUUCCAGAUGGAUGCUUCGUGUGUCAGCCACUGGAGAGCCAUCAUUGACCACCUGAUGACUCAUGACAAGACCACAUUUAGAGACCUGAUGACCCGGGUGGCGGUGGCUCAGAGCAGCUCCCUGAGUUUGUUCACCAACAGAGACGCUGAGCUGGAGCAGAGGGCCAUGCUGCUCAAACGCCUGGCCUUCACCAUCUACAGCAGCGAGGUGGACCAGUACCAGAAGUACCUGCCGGACAUCCAAGAGCGUCUGGUGGAGAGCCUGCGUCUGCCUCAGGUACCCAUCCUCCACGCUCAGGUGUUCCUGUUCUUCAGAGUGCUGCUGCUGCGCAUGUCGCCUCAACACCUCACGUCACUCUGGCCCACCAUGAUCACUGAGCUGGUCCAAGUGUUUCUGCUGAUGGAGCAGGAGUUAACCGCUGACGAGGACAUAUCAAGGACGUCAGGACCGUCGGUUGUCGGGUUGGAGACCACCUACUCUGGAGGGAACGGCUUCUCCACGUCCUACAACAGCCAGCGCUGGCUCAACCUCUACCUCUCUGCUUGCAAGUUCCUGGAUCUUGCCUUGGCGUUGCCUCCUGAGAGUCUCCCUCAGUUCCAGAUGUACCGCUGGGCCUUCAUCCCAGAGGCUUCAGACGAUUCAGGGUUGGAAGUGAGACGCCAGGGGACGCAUCAGAGGGAGUUCAAGCCCUACGUGGUCCGUCUGGUGAAGCUGCUGAGAAAACGAGCCAAGAAAAACCCAGAGGAGGACUGUUCCACUAAAACCCUGCCGUGGGAGCCGGGCCACCUGAUGCUGACCCUCUACGUCAUCCGCAGCAUGGAGCAGCUGCUGCCCUUCUUCAACCUGCUCAGCCAGGUCUUCAACAGCAGGGCGAGCUGCCGAUCGGGGCCCGUCUACACCCACAAUCCCGUGGAUUCCUCCUUCCCCGCCAGCAAGGAGGGCCACAAGCUGGAGAGCCAGAAGGUGUUCUGGAGCCGAGCCCGACAGAACAUCGAGGAGAUGGUGGAAAAAGACUUUCUAGAGGGUCUUAUCAAGACAUGAGAGACCCUCCCAGCGAGGGAGGAACUGGGCAUUAACACAUUACUGAACACUAGUGAACAAACUUUAACUUGUACAUUCAUGAUUGAUAACAAUAUGGGGAUAUGGGCAAGGGGGGAGUCUGUACAGUUUUUCUAUUUAUGAUUCUUGAGCUACUGUAUUUAAUUUUAAUUAUGUGUAUAUAUGGAGCAGCUUUUGACGAGUUUUAACAUUUCAUGAGUCGUUUAGAAGACGCCCAAAAUGCUCUGUCAUUCCAUGUAAGGUGACUUAAUAAAAAAAAAGUUUCUAAUGACA